CUUCAAACUGUCACCGCAUGACCUUCGACUUACUUGAACUUAAGUCCUUCCUUAAUUCCUUGCGGAAGGCCAUUGAAACAUGUUCAGAAUACGAUAUAAUACCUCAUAUAGACGAAGGAGAUCAUACACUUUUGUCCAUUUGUAAUGAUGCAUUUGGGAUAUGUAAGUGUACAACAACUAUCAUCUUUGGUGUAUACGAAUCAAAUACAUCGGAACCUAAUUCUGAUGAUUUGCUGAAUUAUCUUCUGCUAGUAUCUCCUAACACAACAACAUUCUGGAACUUCAAGCGUAAAGCUCUAUUAAACAACGAAUUAUCAGUCGAUCCAGAACUAAGGUUCACUCAAUUGAUUCUAAACAAGUAUCCUCGCUCAUACGAGACUAUAUUUCACCGUCAAUGGAUUAUUCACCGUUACAAUUAUCUAAAUGAUCACAAGUUUCUAUUAUCUGAAUUGGAGUUAUGUAAUAAAUUUGCGGACAAAUAUCGUUGUAAUUAUGGUUUAUGGCAAUACCGUCGGUUUUUACUAUUACAUCAACAAAAUCCUGAGAUAUAUAAGAUAGAAUUGGAUAAUUUAAAUGUUUGGUUAGCAAAACACCCAACUGAUAUAAGUGGUUGGAGUUAUUUAGAAAGUGUCCUUGAUGGAUUAGUGAGUCAAUCUAUGGUUGUCUCAUUAUCUCCAAUAUCAGAUGAUCAAAAACUACUGUUAGAAAACUCAACAAGGAUUAUCCAAAGUUAUUUUGAAAAAGUACAUGACAUUCUAGAACUUUAUCCUGAACGUGAAUGUGUAUGGAUGUUUAGAAGACGGUUGAUUACAUUCUGGAUCCAACUAAAUCGUCAUAAAUCUUCAUACAAUUCCAAUGAAAGCAUCAUGAAAUUACUUAGUCAAGUGGAACCUUUACUUCCUAAAACAUCAGAUAUUAUUACACAAUUAAAAUCAUCUAAAAUAUAUUUUACGGGAUUUUCUUUCAAUGAAUUCUUAAAUUGGUCAUAUAGAAAUAAUCUAUGCGAAGAACCAUCUACAUUAAAGUGGACUGAUAUGCUUUCUUGGCGAUAUUUAUUUUGGUUAUCCGAAUAUUUAUCGAGUUUACUUAAAAAAUUAGAAUUGAUCAGUUAAAACAUUUUGCUACUUAUAAUUAGUAAGUAGUAUGAUUUCCAGUUGUAAAGUUUUGCAUCUUGCAUUGAGAAUCAGCGUUGGUAUUGUUAACCUAUUUUGUAAUACUUAUGUAUUUUCUAUAGUUUCUUUUCACUGAUUUAAUUUUUUUAAGCAUGAACUGUUGUUUUCAGUGUUUAUUUACUGUUUUUCUUCUGUUUGAUUGUGAUGAAUGAUGGGAAAGGUUAUUUUUUUCAAUAUAUCUUACCAACAAA